AUGAAGGAAAUCUUGGGCAUGUUUGCCGACGACGGGGGCGUGGUAGGAGCGAACAUCGACGGUUCUAAGCGUGUGUGCGAGCUGAAGCAGUUGCUUGCGCAUAGAGGUGGUCUCACGUGUCCGCUCAAUGAAGUCAAGCUCUUCCUGGCCAAGUCAAGCGAUGGGAAGUGGCUUCGGGAGGUCGAUCCAGACGCCACAUUGAUGAACGAAGGCGACGCGAUGGACGAGUCGGCUCUUGUUGGCGACAAAGCCUUCGGCUUUCCUGAGAAGGGAAACCCAAGGGGUGGAGAGUUCCAUGUCAUUGUCCAGGUCCCGGAAGGCAGCGCCACACCUGUUGACCAUAAUGUGGUCCCAGCAGCAGAUUCAGACGUGGAUGACGAGUCCAGCACGCCCCCACCUAGCUGCGGAUCUGCAAUUUUGUCUACGUUAAGCCAAGUCUACGCCUUCUUCUCGCGGAAUCCAGAGUCGCCGACGAAGGAGAAGAUGUAG